UAUUGCAGAAAUUUUGCAUCGGCCUAUUAGAAGUCUCACAUUUCCAGAAAACAGUAAUAUGGGUAUCUUCGUCGCGUUUGCGGUGCCGCUCGAGGAUCCUCUGAGUUCGAUCUCGCUAUCGUACUUCUUCGAGGCUAACUACAGUUUACCGCCGAACAUAACGUACGUCGAGCCCUGGAUAGGAGUAAAAAGAAGGAAGCGGAAUAUCGAGAGGGCCACAAUCUAUCGAGUUCUGGAAAGUAAAUUCGAGAGUUCCGGCUAUCCCGGAAGGGAGUGUCUGCUGAGAGCAGUCUGCGAGACUUCGGAGUUUCCGCUUCAACACAACGGUUUGAUCGGCGACAUCAUGCACGUGAUCUUCACCCCGAGUACUUCGAGGCACGAGGGACUGCCGCGAGAUGUUGUCGAGGCCGAGCUAGUCGGCCGCAAUGGAAGCUGCUCCAAGUACCAACCGCAGUGCCCACUGGGACUCUUCGACCUGAUUGGAGUCCUCGCGUGAUCCCUGAAAAAUCGUCGCCAAGUUUACCGUGCCACUUUCGCAAGGGCAAACAGGCCUAAUUGCGCCGCCGUUGGAAACAUGUAUAGUCUCGGCGCCUCGCAGUUGGAAACCUUGAUUCACUGAGAGAGAUUCAUUCCACGUUGGAUGAAAACGUGGAUUGCGUGAAUUACUUUCAAGGCACCGAGCAACAACAAAAUCUUGAGAAUUUAACGAGAGAAACGUUUCUGAAGUGGGCAAAUAUGUUUUGGCGAGAGUUAUAUUGUAAAUAGUGCAUGUGAAAAAGAUUGUGUUAAAAACAUAAAUCAUUUCCUAUAAAUAUAAAAUAUUGCUUUACAUAUGA